AUGCAAACCUCUUCCCUUCAUUCCCCACCACUUCCUCCACCUCCAUUUUCCAUCAAUCAUCCCCACAGAAAACUGGGUUUUGUCCCAAGAAAAAGACCCUUCAACUCUAUAACUGCACUGAAAAGAGACGCAAAUGGUAAAGAUCAUCAUCAUAGUGGCAAGCUUGUUGAUGAGAGCAUGAUCAUUCUCAGACAGAGAAUUCAUGAAAUGAAGAUGGUGGAGAAGAACAGUGAGCCACCGGAUCAUUGGAUGGAGUGGGAGAGACGGUAUUUCCGGAGAUAUGAUUCUGAUGUGGUUGAAGCAGUAGGGUUUUUGCAGUCGUCGUUGAUGGAGAUUAGGCCUGGCUUGGCUUUGGGAAUGGUGAUUCUGGUUUUCUUUAGUGUGCUGAGUUCCAUGGCUGUUGUUGGGUUUUGUUUUAUGGACAUUGUUAAGUGGAUUUUUGAUGGGAUUCAGCUUAGUAGCUGA